CGCCGCCGCCUCCGCCGCCGCAGCAGCAGCAGCAGCAGCAGACGCCACCAUAAACAUGGCCAACGACAACAAAGCUACCAAGAAUGACACAGUGGGAUUGUUCCUGCAGGCCAUGGUGGACCGUGAACCGGGGAAAAGAAAAGUGAAACCGUCCAAAGCUGCACUUGUUGACCUGUCAGAAUUAGAUUUGGGAGAAAGUUCAGAUGACAGUGACUUCAAUGUUGAUGAAGCCAAACUGAAUGAUGAUGAUGAUAUUUCUAUUAAUAGUGAUCCAGAUGCUCCUGAUAUCGAUGAUGAUGACUAUGAUGACGAGGAUGAUGAUGAGAUGGAAGAUGAAGGUGAAAGUGAAGAAGAGAUAGAAACACCACCUGAUAAAGAAAAGAACCUAAGUGUCACUCAAUUGUUGGAACAAGCAAAGAAGAAACAGGCUCUAGAGGGUGUGGAACGGCCUAAAAUCUUGGUGUGUGCUGUAUGUCUUGGCGAUCACUCUGAUGAUGUAAAUGAAAUUGUGACCUGUGAUGGAUGUAGUGUGUCUGUCCAUGAAGGCUGCUAUGGUAUUAGUGACUCAAUAUCAGUAUCAAGCACAGUUUCAUCAAGUUCUACUGAACCUUGGUUUUGUGAUGCCUGUAAGGCAGGUGUGGUGAAUCCACCUUGUGAACUUUGUCCAAAUCUUGGGUAUACAAUUUUCAAGGAGACAGAGAUGGGGAGGUGGGUGCACUUAGUGUGUGCCUUAUACAUUCCUGGUGUUGCCUUCAGUGAGGUGGACAAACUCUCCUUCCCGACACUAUUUGAGAUGCCAUACAGCAAGUGGGGCUCCAAAACCUGUACACUGUGUGAAGAUGAACGCUACUCUAAGACUGGAGUUUGCAUUGGUUGUGAUGCAGGCAUGUGUCGAGCCUACUUUCAUGUUACUUGUGCUCAGCGUGAGGGGCUAUUAUCUGAGGUGAACCAUGGUGAAGCUGACCAAGCAGACCCGUAUUAUGCUCACUGCAAAUUACACACAGAUAGAGAGCUCAUAAGGCGAAGGAAAAGGAACUGUUUGGCUCUGCAGCUUCACAUGAAACAAGGUGAGGCAGACAGGUCAGGUUCCAGUCAAGAAAAUCAAGACCGUAUUCAGCGAAAACUAAGCCGCUACCGGGACAAAUACCUUUUCAAUAAAAACAACAGACCUACCCCAUGGUAUCCAACUCAGAAGAUGCCAAGAGCACUAUCUACAUCAGCCUCUCUCUUCCGAUCUUUGUUACACAAGACUGAAUUGAUGGGCCUUAGUACAGAAACCCAGCCUAUGCAUUCUGCAAAUGUUGGUGAUAUUAGAAAAAAAUGGCAUAUUCCUCCAGCAUUCAAUUGGGAGUUUUUUCAUUUUUUUCUUGAUCGCACAAAUCGCUUGUCUGAGUGAAGGGAAAGCUUGAUCUUUUUCUAAGAAAAUUCUCAUUUAAAGCAAGAGGAACAGAGCUCGAGUCAAAGGGGUGAGUGUAAUCAUAUGGAGGCUGACUGUGAAAACAUUAAGUCAGAGAAUGAUAUACUUCUCAAUAAGGCUUUAGAACUUCAUGAUCUUCUUAAAGGUCUAGCAGGGCGACCCCUUCCACUUCCACCACUUGUGGCUGCUUUGCAUAACCCUCCAAGCCCUCCACUACCCACUAGACCACUUCCAAAAGGCAGCUUGCGGGGACCAAUUAUGACUAAGGCAGCAGCAAAAAUGAUGAUGACAGAGCAGGCACCACCAACGGGAGGUGGAGACAAGUGGUUUUUGGGAUUUGACGUGCUGUUGGCUCGUGAGCAAGAGACUGUAGCAAGCUCUUUGACAAUAAAUAGAUGUCGUGUCUGCCAGUUGACAAAAGAGCAACAUUUGCUGAUUGAAUGUGAUACCUGUGGACAUUAUUAUCAUCUGUCAUGUCUGGACCCACCUCUCACACGCAUGCCCAAGAAAACCAAGCAGAUGGGAUGGCAGUGUUCUGAUUGUUGUAAAUCUUCAGACUCUGAUAAAGCCCCAGAAGUUGAUACAGCAGCACCCCGCAGACUGCGUAGAAAUAUUAAAGAGCCUGCAAAAUUUUCUCCCUCAAUAGCUUCGGAACCAAAGUGCAGUGAAAGUGGAGAAAAAACUCAUACCAUUGGAGGUAUAGCAAGCAACUGCCCUCUUUCAAGUAUGAUCCAAUCUCAAGCUGACAAACCUCCAGUUCAUCUCUACCAUCCUGGAGUAGCUUCUUCAAUGUCUGUGGUUCUUGAGGAAUCAGUAGAUUCUUCUGGUGUGGCAGGAAAAAAGAGAAAAAAUAAUGAUGUAAAAAAAGUGACAAAUAAAAGAAGAAAAUCACUUGGUGAAGGAGAAAAUUCUUCGGGAGAUUCUGUCACAGGAAAUAAGUCAGCUGAAUCCAGUCCUGCAAGUAAGAUGUCUCCUACCACUUCCCGUGGAAAGAAGGGUCCUGUUGAAGGUACAGAGCCAGAGAUACUUCAAGUUGUAUCACUUGAAACUCGCUCAGCUCGAGGGAAAAAAAUUUCUUUAGAGCCAUCUGUGACAACAGCAUCUUCAACAACUGCAUCCACAGGUUGUUCUAUGACAACAUCCACAACAGUUUCUAUGGCAACAUCUACACCAGUUUCUGUGGCAUCAUCUACGGCAGUUUCUAUGGCAACAUCUACAGCAGUUACCAUGGCAACAUCCACAGCAACUUCCUUAACAUCAACAAUUUCAGUUACAUCUGCAGCAGUAACAGUGUCAUCUACAGCAUCCACAACAUCAACAUCACAAAUCCCCGAGCUUGCCUCUCCGAGUAAGACUCGCCGAGCUCAAGCAGAAUCAUCCCCUCCAACUUUAGUGCCUCAGGUUACUUCCUCACCAUCUCGUCCGCGACGACAGCCAUCUGAAUCUGGUGAGACUCCUCCUCGUCCACAGCUGUCCUCUCCUGCCCGCAGUCGAAGGAACUUGACUGACCUGCCUGUUAAUUCCACUGAUACACAGCCUCACCCUCCUAUACUGAUAGAUUUAGAAGCAGAGUCUAGUUGUGGUAAUCCUCCUGUUGCAGCUUCAGAUAAUUCAGAAACUUACUCUCAUAAAAGAAUAAGCUCUAGUGUUCAUCUGGAUACAAGUGUAGAAUCUCUUCCUUCUGUUGCCUCUUUACACUCUCCCACCUCUGAAUCAUUCCAUAGUGCAGAAGAUGAUCCUACCUCUCCCCGAAAGGAGAAAAGACAUCGUGAUGGUAGCAAGAAAAAGAAGAAAGACAAGGAUAAAGAGUUGGAUGGUGGGAGAAAGAGGAAGAAACAUCAUCACCGUGAUAAGCAUGGCUUAGGAGAAAUGGCAUCUGAAAUGGUCACACCUGUGAGAAUCAAGAUCAAACCUCUUCCACCACGUCCAAUGGAGGAAAAUGGGAGUGGACCUAAUUUGGUGACUCUUCCAACACCAUUAAAUCCAGCGCCUGCAUCAAGUCAUGUUUCUACUCCUUCCAUCUCCACUGCCACCGUGAAUGUUUCACUCCUUCGUCCAAACUAUCAGACAAUGACACCACCUGCAGGAUACCCACCUCUACCCCCUGGCUACACUCUAACACAACCAAUGGCACCACCCUCUUCCUCAGUAGUGCCUACAUCAGCCCCAAGUCAUGCCACUGUCACACAUCUUUCAGCUUCCACCACUUCUCAAGCUCCCACAAGUCAUAUUAAUACCUACACAACUAGUGGAAGUACUCAACACUCUCCUGGUGCAAGUAAUCGGAGAAGAUCAGACCCUAGUGAUCCACAGCAGUUUAGUAAAUGUGACGUGUGCGGCGAGACGGGUGGAGUUACAAAUACUGUUUCGUGUGAUGAGUGCAAUAAAGCGUAUCAUUUUAAUUGUCUUGAGCCACCACUUAAGAAGUCUCCAAAACGUCGUGGGUAUUCAUGGUUUUGUGAAGACUGUGACAAUGCGACGUAGAAUCCUGGUGUAUUCCUGUUCUGCACGUGAGCAUUUCCUAAUGGUUGUGGGACCCUUUUGUUUUCUUUAAUUUUAUACAUGUUCAGAAUAUAAAAGGGAAUCAUGAGUCAUAAAGAUAAAUAAUCUGGUUUAUUGAGUGUAAAUGUUAUGUAAUUCAGACACUAAUCUUGUAAGUGUUGAGACAGUAAAGGUGUUUCUCUCUCAUAUGCAGCUUGAUAAUAUGCUUGCCUGUGAUUUCCACAUUCAUCACCAUGUUAGUUUCAGUAAAUGCAUUAUACAGUAAUGCUUUUGACCAAUGUUGCACAUUGUAUUUGCUAAAGAAAUGUAAGGAUAUUUUGUCUAUGACUCAAGAAAUCGUAAUGACACGAUUGCAAACAAACCAUACCCCCGGCCGGGAUUGAACCUGCGGGUUCAAUCCCGGCCGGGGGUAUGGUAUAUUUUGUCUAUCAUUGGUUUCAGUGUUUGAGGUAUUACUAAAGUUAACAUCAAAAUAUCACUGUUGUGUCCUUUUACAAAGACUGUUUUACACACAUAAAUUUCUUGUAAUAAAAUUCUGUAAAUUAAAGCAAUAAGGUUUGAUAGGUAUCUACAACAUGCUAUGGUAGUAUAGUUGAAGAACAUUUUUAAUAUCUUGAAAGGCAAAUUCAGAUUGAGAGCAUGACACAUUGUUGGGUGACUAUUGCAAAAACAAAUUGUCAUAAAGUGCUUAUAUUGCUCUAAAAUGUUUGUACUACACUAGUUAAUGCAUAUGAAACAGGCAGUGAGAAGCUGAAUGAAAACAGUAAGAGUUGUUACUCUUUGUGUAUGUAUAUUAAAAAUGCUAGUCUGGCUGUGAAAUGGGGCUUAUUCAAAACCAUUUAGCAUUUAAAAGAUAUUACAGUCAGUCAUUCUUAUUCCAAACAAUCAGGGCCUGAAACUUUCCCACACUACCUAAAUUCUGGUACAAACACCAAGAGUACAUAUUAAACAAUAUUUAGCAAGUGUACUUUUCCUUCACUGUAGUGUAUUUAUCCUCUUCUAAAUUUUACUUACAUAUAUUAUGUAUAUUGUAAAUAUUAUAGAACAUUCAAAAAUCACCCAGGGAUGAAGUAGUAGAGGAAAUGGUGAGAAAGUGUAUACUGUAGCAGGGUUGCAAAACCUGCAGCCCCUGAGUAGCACAGCUGCAACCUGUGAUGGCCCAAAUAUAAAAAAAACUACCAUUGCCUUGUGGCAUGAAUACCUUCCAUUGACUUUACCAAAUUUAUUUACUGUGCAUUGUAUAGAUUAAUACAUUGUCAUUAAUAUUUGGUGACUGCAAAGGUUGAAAAGAUAGUGCAUUACUGUUCUGUAGCUGCAGUAUGGAUAUUAGUCUCAUCAACUGAUAAAUUGUCAGUAAAACCUUUCAUUUCUGUCUCGACAUCCAGUUUUUUAAGUUUGAAUAAGUUAAGCUCAACCUAACUUGAGCAGGGAUGAUGUUAUUUCAGUGCAACAUUGGCUAGGUAAAUAUACAAGUUAUUGUCUCCCAUUGGAGAAAAAAAAUCUUAAUUACCUUUCAUUGGGUUUUGCUAGGUUAAAAAAAAAAAAGCUGGCUUUAUUUUUAUUUUUUAUUUUUUUUUACAGAUGUAUUCUUUUUCUGAUCAGUCACCAACAUGCAUAACAAAUGUAGGAUUAUAAUCUUGAUAAAAACAUUUUGUUGAUGAAUUGCAAUUCAACAUUAGUGCAAAAUCCAAAGUUGCAGGUUUACUCUUAGGACAAUCAUAAAACAAGGUGGGUCCUCAAGCAAGGGAGCAGUGUGCAUGGAUUAACCAGUGCUUGACAUUGGAGUGAGACAACAGAAAGCGAAUCACUGCAUGUCAACAUCUCUAAAAAAUAUAUUGACCAACCAGUUUGAAAUGUCGCAUGAAAAUGACCUUUUGUUUUUCUUAAAAUUAAUUUAUGUGGAAUAACUUUGAUCGACUGUAUCUUUACUAGUACAUAUUGUAUUAGUAUUAUUUAUUUGAAAGAUUUAGUAACCAUGCUACAUAUGGUAAAUUUUUAAUAAAAAAUUUAAGUUAGCAUUGUUGUUUUGUAUACAUAUGUAGUCAAGGAUUGUAGAAAUUUCUGGACUGUUACUAAAAGUCCUCUUAUUAAAUUUUAAAACUCUGUCUUGCCAGAAAUUCAUAACACCAAAGAAAAUGAGAGACCACAAUGGUAUAAGUCUUCGCAGUUAAUAUUGCAAGAAUUUUUCUCUAUAAGAAAGAGAAAAUGAAAGAAGGUACAUGGAUAUGUAAACAAAUCUUUUUAUUAGUGUUUUGGUAGAUUUUUUUAUAUAUAUAAUUUAGUAUAUUUUAAUAGGUGAUUUUUUAUUUCACGUUUAUAUUAUUGCAAUAACUGUGGGUGCUAGCCUAAUGUUCUUCAAUAUUAUUUCAAAUAGUUCUAUCUUGUAUGUGUGAAGAAAGUAUAUUUAUAUGACCCGUUCUUGGAACAUAAUUUACUGUACAGUAUAUAAAAAUUUAUUAUUUGGUUAAUGUUGUUUUCAUUUGGAACUAAUGGUAUAUAAGCAUGAACUUUUUGGUAAAACUUAUUUAUGCACAUAUGUCAGAAUUUUUGCCUGUAUCUUGUUAGUCUUUGUUCAGUGUAUAUUGGGGUUGCAUCUCCAGGACAUUUUCAAGUGCAGAACAUUUUUGGUUGACACUCCUCAUACAUAAUGUAUAUAUUUUCUCAGUCUAUUUAUUCACAUCACUUUUUUAGCACUGAUCUUUAUGAUGAUUUCACUUACUGAGCAUUUGUCACGUAAUCUUUAUACCAAUUGUACUCAGGCUUUAUAUUUGUUCCUUGUUAACAGUAUGUCUCUUGAUUUGCUAAUUUAUUUUUCUUGGAUCAUGUACUGUAUCUUUAUAAUCACUUAAAAGAAAAUCCCUUUAAAAUAUUGUCAUUAGUCAUACUAGUCUGCUGUUACAAAUCCAGAUUUUAUUUUCAGAAAUGAUGUUACUUGUAUAAGAAAUAAAAAAAUUCAUAUUUGUACUUAUAUUUCAUUGUGUGUUUGUUCUUGUAUGACUUUCCUAUUUUUCCUUACUAUACAUUGAUGUUUGUUUAAUAACUGCAUCUCCACUUUUUCAAAGUGCUUGUGACCUAAGUGAGUUUAUGCAUUGCUAAAAUUAUUGUAAACCUUUACAUUCCACCUUGUUUUCUCAUCUCACACACCUCUAUACGCUAACUUCUGAACCUCGCCUACAUUUCAUUUAUUGAUUCACAUUAUUGAGUCUUGAAACUACCCAUGAAGUCUUAUUAAUGUUGGUUUUUCCCUCUGUAAUAAUAAAUUUAUUUUGCUUUUAAUUUCUAUAUUUUUCAAGUAUAAAUUUGAGCAUAUGAAAGCUUGACCUUGUAUAUACCUCAUUCUUGUACAUUUCUUGUAUUUGAACUAUGUUAAGCCUCAGUUAGACGUGUAAUGGCUUAUUUAUCUUAUAAAGUUUGUAAGGGAAUAUUGAGUUUUUUUAUGAAAAAUAAAAGUGUAACUCUC